AUGGCACAGGCACUCAAAGAAAGAUUUGACAAGUUUCUCCACGAGAAGAACCUCCUGACUGACGUUCUUGCUAAAAUCGAAGCAAAAACCGGAGUUAGUAGGACGUAUAUCGCUCUCGCUAUCGUUGGGAUCAUCGCAGUGUACUUGGUCAUCGGUUAUGGAGCCUCCUUGCUGUGCAACCUCAUCGGCUUUCUUUACCCAGCCUACAUAUCCAUCAAGGCUAUAGAAAGUGCCACCAAAGAUGACGAUACAAAAUGGCUGACUUACUGGGUGGUGUACGGGCUCUUCAGCGUGGCUGAGUUCUUUGCGGACAUUUUCCUCUCCUGGUUCCCAUUUUACUACAUCGGAAAGUGUGCCUUCCUGGUGUGGUGCAUGGCUCCGACUCCUUCCAACGGCUCGGUCCAGAUUUACAACCGCAUCAUCCGCCCCUUUUUCCUUAAGAACGAAGCCAAGAUAGACGACGCGGUCAAGAACAUUAAGGAUAAGGCAUCAGAAGCUGCUGAUAAGUUUAAAGAUGAAGCCAAAAAAGCCACCGCCAACAUCAUGUUUGAGGAGAAGAAGAGCUCCUAA